AUGCAAAAUACGAUUGGUACCCCAUCAUGGGCGGAACAGGAUAUCAGCCAACCGGCAACACAACACAAAGCCAAAAGCUCAGGCUCACAAUGGCAAACUCUAAAUGUCUCCCCUGACCUUGUCAAGGCACUCCUUGUACGAAAAUUCAAGAAUCCAACACCAAUACAACGAGCAAGUAUCCCAGGUGCACUGUCCGCCCCUCCACGCGACAUUUUGGGCAUGGCUCGGACGGGAUCAGGCAAAACUCUCGCUUAUUUGAUCCCUCUUUUACAACGACUCGGACCAUCACAUUCUUCAUCGGCAAGUCCAAGAGCUUUAAUCCUUUGUCCUAGUCGUGAACUUGCGGUGCAGAUCUUCUCUGUAGGGAAGGACCUUGCCAGAGGUAUGGGCAAAGGAAAAGCGAAGGAAAUUGAGACCUUGAGGUGGGCUUUGAUUAUGGGCGGAGAAAGCUUGGAAGGUCAAUUUGAGAAGAUGUCUGCAGAACCUGACAUGUUAUUCGAGAUGGGCUUCGAUGCUCAAUUGAGAGAAAUUUUGGUUCGGCUGCCUUCCACUCGUCAAAACCUAUUGUUCUCUGCAACUCUGCCAUCGACUGUGGCCGAGUUCGCGAAAGCGGGGCUCGUAAAUCCUCUUCUCAUUCGUCUGGACGCCGAUCAUAAGAUCAGUUCUGAUCUUGAUCUGCGAUUCUUAUCGGUCAAGCCUUUGGACAAAGACGCUGCUCUGCUCGUCUUGCUCAAAGACGCAAUUAGGAUAACUAGCAAAUCUGAUGUCGACGAUGCAAGUCCUCAAGCGAUUGUCUUUGUAUCUACAAAGCACCACGUGGACUACAUCUCCGAAUUACUUAGAGCUGCCAAUUAUCGUACCUCUCAUAUUUACAGCUCCUUGGACCAGACAGCUCGGCAACAGCAAAUGCAUCAGUUUCGAACCCGAUCUACGGAUGUGCUGGUCGUUACCGAUGUCGCCGCACGAGGCUUAGACAUUCCUGUGAUGGAUCAUGUCAUUAACUAUGACUUCCCUCCUGGUCCUCGUGUGUUUGUUCAUCGGGUUGGUAGGACCGCUAGAGCUGGUCGAAAGGGGACAGCUUGGUCGCUUAUUACACGAGAUGAUUGGCCUUACCUAUACGACUUACAGACGUUCCUGGGCAUAUCUCGAAUCGGAGAUGGCGCGGAUAUGUUGAAGGCUUUACCAACAGACAACAUCAGCGAGAACGUCGAAUACAUCCUCUCGAGUCUAGACGAAGUUUCACCCAAUCUUAUAUCACAACGUGAAGUGAUGCGGAAAGGUCAAUCGAUGUUCGAGCGAUCUCGGGGUAAAGCUUCUGUUAAUGCAUACCGGAAAGCAAAAGUCCUGGGACAGGAAUUAGCUCGUCAGCAGUCGCUUCCUGUGGACCGGAGCUUUAGCGAACGCGAAAGUAAACCUGUCAGUAUCGAAAGAGAUCGCCUCAUUGCUUCGUUAGCAACAUAUACACCAAACGAAACGGUCUUUGAAAUGGGCCGUAAGGGAGACACAGAGAAUGCUAUAUUGAUGCAAAAGCGACGAAAAAUCGUCAGCGCCCGUAAAAAUCGAUUAAUUCAGAAGACGGAAUCUUCUCUCGAUCAAACAGACUCAGAUCAGGCCCAGGCGCCGACUCAGGAGCCAAGAUCUUUCCGGGACCCAGAGUUCUUCAUGGAUCACGCACAGAGUGGUGCAGCCUCUGAGCAAGGGUAUUCUCUCAAAAGCGGCGCAUCACUCCCGGAAGCUCUCUCUGCAGCGACGGUUGACUUGACUGCUGAUGAAGGUUCGGCUACUCGCGCACAAAAGGCGAGUCAACUCAACUGGGACCGGAAGAAACGUAAAUUCAUUACGACUACGAUCGGGUCAGACAACGCCAAGAUGAUACGAUCCGAAAGCGGCGCUUUGCUUCCUGCGACCUACAGUAGCGGGCGUUAUGAUUCAUGGAAAAAGACUCGUCGUUUAGGUGCUGCCUCGAACUCCAAUGCCCGACAUAGCAAGACUCCGCCGGGUGAUGUUACGCACCAGGGCGGUGAUUCCGAUGCCGACAAGGGAAGGAAAAACUCUGACAAUCAACGACGAGGAACGAAUAAAUCGCUUCUUACGGCUGAUGUUGUUCGGAAACAAAGAUUGCAGACUCGAAAGAAAUUAGAAAAGACAGCCCGCCCUUCUCGAAAAAGUGGCCGGUCCUAG